AUGACGACGACAAUCGACGUCGAGAGCAUCAAAAAGCGAUCAUGGAGCGUGACCAGCAGCUACACGCCCAACAACAUCAUCACCUACAACAUCGCCCUGGGCGUCAAGGGCACCGACCUGUCGCGAUGCUUUGAAGCACAUCCCGACUUUGCGGCCGUACCGACGUUCGCUACACUCCCCGUCAUCUCUGUCAUGCGCGAAGUCACGUACGGGAUGAUGGAAUUCCUGCCGAAUUUCCAAGCACACAACCACGUCCACGGCGAGCACUAUCUGGAGAUGAAGGGCACGUUCCCCAAGCAGGCCACACUGAAUACCACCGCGCGAGUGGUCGAUGUUGUGGAUCGCCGCACCGGCGUCACCGUCGCCGUGGGCAUCACCACCGUCGACGCCGCCACGGGCUUGGAGAUCUGCUACAGCGAGUGGACAUCCUUCGUCAUGAAAGUCCCCGGAAAAGGGGCCUCGACGAAACCCAUCCCACGCGGUGCCGCCACGGCAGUCCACCCGACGCCCACAGAUCGCAAACCGGACGCGGUGGUGGAAUACCAGACCUCGCCCGAACAGGGCGCACUGUACCGCGCCGCGUCGGGCGACUUGAACCCUUUACACAUCGACCCGGCCGUCGCGAAAGCAGGUGGAUUUCCCGGCCCCAUCCUGACGGGCACCUGUACGGUGGGAAUGGGGGUGUUGCACGUAAUCGACACGUUCGCUGGCGGGGAUUUCAGCAGGUUCCAGAGCGUCAAGCUAAGGUUGAGUAAGCCCGUGUUUCCGGGCGAGGUGGUCAGGACAGAGAUGUGGCGAGAGGAUGGUGGAAGGAAGGUUGUGUACAGACAGGUUGCGGGCGACCGCGUAGUGAUUUCACAGGCGGCGGUGGAGUUGAGAGAUGCGUCGGAGAAGCUGAAGGCGAGGCUGUCAUAG